UUGACCCCUCCCUCCCAUCCCGCCUCGAGCUCCGCAUCCACGAGACUCCCGGAUCCGUCCACGUCUCCGCCUUCAAACGGACGAUCCGGUUCGGAUCAGCAGGCGGCGGCUCUGCCCUGUGACCGUAAGUGACCCGUUCGUCCGCGCGGUUCGAGCCUGCCGGUGAACGGAGCAUCCUUCCCGCCUCGAGGCGCUCCCCUUUUCUCCUUCACCUGGAGCUCCUCCCGACCAUCAUGCAGGAGGCGUGAUCCUCCACCGCCUCCUCUCGUGUCUGUGGAGGGAACCAAACUGAAGCCCAAAGAAGCAGCGAUGUCGGAGCCGGACUCCUCCUCACCAGCGGACGCCCCGCUGCCCCUGACCUCCCCCCGCACCCCCCUGCAGGUCUCCUUCCCCUUCCUCAGGGAGGGCAGCCGCGUCUGGGAGCGGGAGAGGAAACCGCCGCCGUCCGGCGAGCUGCCCAGCCCGCUGCCCACCAAACGCACCCGCACAUACUCAGCGACAGUACGUGCCCGAUCAGGUCCGGUGUUUAAGGGGGUUUGUAAAAACUUCUCCAGGUCUCAGGGUCAUGGAUUUCUGCGUCCCUCCCACGGGGGGGAGGACAUCUUUGUUCACAUAUCAGACAUUGAAGGGGAGUACGUCCCCGUGGAAGGAGACGAGGUCACCUACAAGGUGUGUCCCGUCCCGCCCAAGAACCAGAAGAUCCAGGCGGUGGAGGUGGUGAUCACUCACCUGAAGCCCGGCACCAAGCACGAGACCUGGUCGGGUCAGGUCAUCAGCUCCUGAAAGGAAAGUUCUGGAAAGUUACUGAUGGUCGUCCUUUAACCUGCAGGAUGCAAACUGUAGCUUGACUGGAAACUAACAGAAAACUUACGGCUUAAGUUGGGUUUAGACGUUUGGAGGUUCUAAUAUAUCCGAAUCAAAAUCAAAAUGUUUGCCAGAAUUCUUAAUAAAAAUCUACUCUUUGCAAGUUAAUGAUUUUCAGGGAAAAUUUUCAAAUUACAGAUGUGCCGCUCACCAACACAAAUGUGCAUUUCAAAGGCGUUUCAGCAUCAAAAACUGCAACUUCUUCUUAUUGUAGCACUUUACUGUUUGAGAUCCAGUACUAUUGUAGCCAGAUCCCAUGACGUCUGUACGUUUCUGUGGUGGAGAGUUAAGAAUGUUGGAUUUCUGCUCGGAAAAACAAAAACAAAAUAAGACCAGAGGGUUUGGAUCAUAGGAAGGGAGAUGGGGAAGAGGAUGGAGUGAUCAUCUUUAGAUUUAUUUAAUCAGAGACGCAGCAAGAAGCUAAAUAUUCAGUCAAUGAACCCUAAAGAUGGAGUUUAACUCUUUUUGAGAAAUCUGCAUAUUUGCUUUAAGAAUAAAAAGUUGAGAAAUCCAUCAUAAAGCAGCUUUUUCUUUGAAAGGUUACAGCUGGAAUUCUGCUGCACGAAGCUGGUAAGCUUAGCUUAGCAUCACCUGUGCAAACAUGACUGUUGUGUUUUUAAAAAAGUAUUAUUUUUACUUAUUUUGAAAAAAAAAAGGUCAAAAACACUUCAAAAUGCAAACCAAAUUGAACCUUUUAUGUUUAAAAAUGCUAAAAACAAGCAAAAAAAAGAAAAUAUUUUUAAUUUUUAAAUUAAAUUUUGAACCAACUAAAUUGAUUUCUUUAAGAGUUGUUUUUGGCAGCAAGAAUCCCUGUUAGAAAGGUCUGGAUUUUUGCUAAAACCUAAUAAUGAUGUUUAACCGUUUUUCUUUUUUUGAAGCAAGUCUUUCCCAUUUUUGAGACAAGGAUUCUCUUAGCUGACAUCUGAAUUCCUGCUGCAUUAUCAUUUGCAAACAUAAAGUUUAUCGUCUUUUGCUGCAGUCGUUCUCAUGCCUUUACUGUGGCUUUUUUAAAGUAGAAAAACUGGAUUGGAUUUAUUUAUGCAUUUAUCAACUAAUUUUAAAAUUAUUUUAAAUUAUAUCUAAACUAUUAUUUUUCCAUCUUUUGGUCCUCUUGGUCGACUUCCUUAUCCAUGAAAAAUAGGGCAGAGAAACGAGUAAAGAAAUGUGAUUAAUUUAUCGCAACCUGGGGAAAAAAAUUAAUCGCUAUAUAGAAAUUGAUUUAUUAUUUGCAGACAACUUAUUAUUUGCAAGUAAUCACAAUAUAAAAUCACAAACAAAACUGGACAUUUAGAACAUUUACUUUUAAUUAGUCCUGUAAAUCAAUUAAUAAAAUAGAUUAAUCGCGGCGCUUUUCUCUUUCAGAAUCUUCUAGAAUUACUGUUCUAACGGUUGAAAAGUUACAGUAAAUCAAAGAACUUAAACACUGGAGCUCCAGUUUAAUGAGUUAAAACUGAGAGAAAACAAGAGGAAGAAACUGAGUCAAAGUAACUCAACACCGCCCCCCUCUGGUAAGAAAGUAGAGGCAGAAAGUUGUUGCUUUGGAGCAAGAAUUACAACAUGGAUGCCACUAAAAUGACCUGCUUCCCGGUGGAUUAUGCCAAAUAUUCUGUUAUAUGUUUUAACAGUGAGAAAUUUUAGGUAUUUUUAAAGUUUUUUUGUUGAUGACCGUAACGGUUCCAGGAAGACAAAAGCAGCAGACCGCUGACAGGACAGCAGUUUCAGAUGGCUCGGCUGAGUUACCCAUAAAUCUGAAUUCACAAUGAAGCCAAGUAAACUUGUUUUUGUCAAACGUUUAGAUUCUGUGUUGGUCUGUAAACUUAACAUUUAUUCCAAGGUUUAACCUUGAGAAGUUUUAAAGUUUGGGUUUUUAUUAUAAAGUCUUAAGAUAAGCCAGGGGUCUGCAUGCAACCUUUACCACUCAAUGAGCCAUUUGGGUUGAUUUCUCACUGACCACAACGCAGCAUGAAAAAUCGGAAAAUAAGAAAUUAUUUUUAUGAGAAAUAUAAGUAAACUAUUAUUAUUUGGCAUAAAUUGAACAAACUUUAAGAGAAAAUAGACGUUUUUCCCCAAAUGUGAAACAGUUUGUAAGUCUUAAGACUUCCCUUCAAAAUAAAAGACUUCCUGUGCCACAUGGGAUCAUCUCAAUGGAGGAAAUCUGUUGGUAGGUAGUAUCAGCAAUGAAAAAAAAAAUGUUUUAAAUGUUUGUGGUGCUUCUUAGACAGAAAUUCAUAAACCCAACUAUCUAAUAUUAAAACAGUCAAUUAACUGUAUUUUCUGAACCAUGAGGCACACUUAAAACACUAACAUUUGUUAAAAUCAUAAGUUAUUUUCCUUUUUUUUAAAACUUAACUUUUUUAAGCUAAAACAUUAGUAUUUUUCUUUAACCAGAGGGCCACAAUGGAGGGGUGGAAGAGCCAGACACGGCUCUGGAGCCGCAGGUUGCAGACCCACUGAGCUAAGCUAAGCAGCUUCUAAAAUCGACAUGUUUGCAGCACUUUUGUCCAUCUCUCACCAUCUAAGCAAACAAGUAUAUCUCAUAAAAUGUUAAUUGAAGUCAUGUGCAUUAUUUCAAAAAAUGAUCAUUUGUUUGUCUAAAAUUUUCCACCUUCUUGUGUUAACAGAACAAAGAGAGUUUUAAAUUAAAAGUUAACAGAAAGCUUCUUAUGGUGAAGAACUGAAAAAACGCUUCCAGAUUAAUUUUUGUUAUCGAUAUUUGAAACACAUCAGGUGUUUGGUAAAAUGAAGUGCUGCAUUUUUACUGUUUAAAAUAAAUCUGCACUCUGAUGAUACGUCCCCGUUUCAGCCUCCUUUGCUACCAUCAUGUGGUCAAAGACUGAAACACGCUUCUAUUUUCUAUGUAAUCUUUGAGUAACUUUGCAUAUGGAAUGAUGUCUAAAUACUUAUUAGUUUUAUUAGUAAUGUUUGUGUUAAAGUGUCGAUUGUGUUCUAUUAUGCAGUCAUCAGCCAGAGCCUUCAGAGUGAUGCUCUCACUCUUCUGUGCAUCUUUGAUUUCUCACAAAAGUGACUUAAUGUCUUUGUAGCACACAUUGUGUUUUAUUUGCUUUAAAGUUUUAUUUACUUUUAUUUGAUCAAACUACUGUCACAGCUGUCUUUUGUCUGUAAGACGUUGAAAUAAACUUUAAAGCUCUG